AUGGAGUUCAGCAACAUUCGUUUGCGAAGCCUUUUGCAUUUCGACCCGGAAAGUCACAAGUUUUUACCGACAUCAACCAUAAAAUACCUUCGAGUGCCUGAGGAUAAGGAGUAUCCCCUGGAUCUGACCAAAAACUAUGAGACCUUUGUCCAUCGGAACAACGAUUAUCCCGGUGAAUUUGACAUGGUGCAGUACUACUUUGAGCACGUCGACAAAUUGGCGUUUAUUCGGCAGGACUUUGACAUCUUUUGCUCCCGCAAAGUACUACUAACGCUAACUACCGCCAAGCCAAGGACAUCAUUUACCAAAGAUCUGUCAAUGGAGGCCUUCAGGUUUAAAGGAUGUAUCUUUCUAAGGAUACUACAAGAAAAUGUUGAAGCUUCCGCCCGUGAUUCAUACUCAUUUAAGGCACGCCAGUACCUAUUUAGUGAUGAGCCAGGAAAACUACCCGAUACGAAUGCCCCAGUAGACCAGAGGGACCAGAUGUAUGGAAUGUUCUCCGCUCGAAUUGGGAAAUUCCGAUUGCUCUACUCAUGCGAGGUUGUUGGAGUUACAAACACCGAAAAGCUCGGUGAUCUCACUGAUCCCGAGGAGCUGGAAAAGUGCUCUUUGACCACCGUAAGGGUCGUUAAAAGCUAUGUGAAAUGGCGAACCUCUUUUCGCUGUCCUUCGUGGGUCCUUCAGACCUACUUUUGUGGAGGUAAUCAGUUGGCUGUAGCCAAAUUCGAGGAUAAUGGAUGUGUUUCCGAAAGGAUUGAGGUCGAGUCCGUUGAGGAUUUGCUCGAGGUAACCACCAAACUAAACUACAUAUAACCUUAA